GCCAUCUUUUCUCCCACCUCAUCAAAUCCAUGCUUGGAGUGAAAGAUCAAGCUGGUCUUGAAUCUUCAGGUGAUUGGGAAAUCCUAGGUCCUAUGUAGGCUCUGUAGCUGAGUGAACUAGUUGUGCGCAACAAACUGGCGCCCAACGUGGGGCUGCACUGCUGCCGUGAAGCUGCACUGAAGCUGCACUGAAGAUGCAGAGAGUAAGACAGCUGCAUGAAACAGUCGGGACAUGUCAGGACAUGUCUGGACAAAGAAGAUGCGACACCCACGUCAAGACACCGAGGUCUGUUGGAGCCAGGCAGCUUCUUAGAAAGAGGUCUCCAACUCGUAUCCCAUUGCAAGACUACGGAGUGGUGAUGGAGAACUUUGGGUCAGAACGAAGGAUGUCCGCAUUAUCCGUUCAGAAGGGACAAGGCAAGCAGAAAAGAAAACACAGACCGGCCAGGAAUCGAAGGAGUUGAAAGAAUAAGAAGAAGGCACUACAUGAACUUGUAACCAAGCUGUGACUCUUGUUGUUAUCGUCGGCAGUGGUGCAGUACACAGCAGCAGAGACAGGAAAUACAACAGAUGGACUUUUGUAACAAAACCGCCAUGGCUAAGACUGGCUACUUGGGGAGAGACAAUACCUGAGGUUGUUUUACAAGGGAAUGCAUCUGCAGGAUUGGGGAAGGAAUUUCAGUUUACAUCUUGAAAGAAUGAUGAAUUUGGGAGAAUAUAAUGUUACUUGCAAUAGUUGCAGUGUAUCUGAAUGCAUAGGACCCAAGAUUAGUGACCAAAUUAUUUUCAUCAUUACACAACAAAAGUUUGCUUUAGUGCCUGUGAAAAGCAAAGAUUGGUAUGAGUCACGUUCUGAUCAUAUUUUUGGAAUAAUAGACCAAAGAAAUCAAUUAGCAAUUGUUAGGAAGAAGAGAUGUAUUUCAUGUAUAGUGUUAGGAAUUGUGUCGCUUAUAGCUAUUGUAACUGCUUCUGUAUCUUUAUCUCAAUCUAUAUCUAUCGCAAGAAAUGAAAUGGUUCAAGCUGAUUUUAUGAAUCAAUUAGCUUGCAAUGUAUCAAAGGGUUUUCAAGCAUCAAAAAGGAUAGAUGAGGGAUUUUACCAUAUACUUGAGGGAAUGAAGGAAACCAUUAUUGAAAUAGGUGAUGAAUUGGAUAUUUUAGAAUAUAGAACACAUUUAAAAUGUGAUUAUAGGUGUGAAUUCAUUUGCCUCACCAAUGUUAAAUACAAUGACUCCCAAUGGGGGUGGCAGAGAAUACACAGACAUCUGAAUGGGCUAUUUGGGAAUUCUACCAUUGCAUUGGAUAUUGAUGAUUUAUAUAAAAUUGCUGAUGAUAUUGGGAGGGCGGCUGAUGAAGAUUUGAUGCCAGAUAAGACUGCCCAACGUAUACUUGCUUGGCUAGAUGAACUCCGUAACCCUUUUGAUAACCUUGGACAUUGGCUUAUGUCUUUAUUAUCUUCUUUAUUGCCAUUAUGUUUACUAUUGCUGGCCAUGCUGUGUUUUGGACCGUGUUUGCUCAGGUGCAUUGCUAAUCAGAUAAAGGACUUUGGGACUGAGCUUUAUAUGCUCUGUCUCCAACAAAAACAAAAAGGGGGAAUUGUUGGGGAUCUGUAAGGAUGUAGAGGGCCACAGGCUGUUCAUGAGGUCUCACUGAUGGGCGGAGGCCCCUCUCGGGUGAUUGAUCUAUGGGAAAGUUGCCUGGUUUGGUGCUCCAUUCUAUGCAUCUCGAACUUCCCUAGUUACUUAUGUCAUUAACAGUGUAUUUGUGAUUGCUAGUAGGUAAGUGCACGAGCUGUGCAUGCACUGUCCUUGACCACAGCAUGGGUUAUACGUCAUUGUAACUUGAGAAAGAG